AGUACCUCUGCAAAGAAGGAGUGAUCUUGCUCGUCUGAUGCUGUCACGGACCCAGACUUGUUCCAAUCGCAGUCUUGCCCAGCUCCUGACGCCCUCAGCCUUGCGGGCUAUCAAUUUCCGGCUUCAUCCAUUUUCCCUCGAGAAAAGUACGGCGACAUGGACCGGUAGAACCCCAUUGGCGAACUUGUUCCAGCGGUCAAGGCAACUCAGCUCCUUCGAGAUGGCACAGAAUAAACCCUUGAGGUACGCUGACAUCGGCAUCAACCUAGGAGAUCCGGUUUUUCGAGGAGAGUAUCAUGGCAAAAAAGCGCACGACGAUGACUUGGAGGAUGUCAUUCAACGAGCUCUGGAUGUAGGAUGUACAAAAUUCAUGGUCACAGGAUCCAGCUUGAAAGAAUCUCAGCAUGCUGUUGAGAUAGCCAAACAAUAUCCCGGCAAAUGUUAUGCAACCAUCGGAAUACAUCCUUGCUCAACACAAGACUUUGACAAGUAUCCAGGUGGUCCGGAUGCGCUGAUCAAAGUCCUUCGUGCUUUGGCCGUCGAAGCGAAACAAGGUGGCUAUGCUGUGGCAUUUGGAGAGAUCGGCCUAGAUUAUGACCGUCUGUUCCUGUCGCCUAAAGACGUUCAACUCAAGUAUUUUGAGCUUCAGCUCGACUUGGCAGAGGAGUUGCACAUGCCACUGUUCCUUCAUUCCAGGGCAUGUAGCGAGGACUUUGAGAGAAUCAUUUCCGCCCGACUAGAUAAACUUCCUAAGAAAGGGCUGGUGCACAGCUUCACAGGCACAGUCCCGGAGCUGGAGUCAUUGGUCAAACUAGGAUUCGAUGUUGGAAUCAAUGGAUGCAGCAUGAAGACCGAGGAGAACUUGGAGGCAGUCAAAGCCAUCCCGCUGGACAGACUGCAGAUUGAGACUGAUGGGCCUUGGUGUGAGAUCAGAGCUUCACACGCGUCAUCCCAGUACUUGAAAGAUGGCCCAGCAGUCCCAAAAGCAGUGAAAAAGGAGAAAUGGCAGAAAGGACUCAUGGUCAAAGGAAGAAAUGAGCCGGCAACAAUUGUGCAGGUUGCGCACGUGAUAGCGAGAGUGAAAGGGAUUCCUGUCGAGCAAGUCUGCGAGGCAGCCUGGAAGAAUUCGACCGAGAUGUUUGGUCUGGGGACCGACUCUUCAUGAGCCGAGGAGCUCCCCAUUGAGUAAUACAGCGCGUGAAUAAACUGUGGCAGGAACAGAUUGGAGUUUUGGCUAGAGGAGGCCGCCGGUGGGAGGAGUCGAUCAAGAUUCAAGAGUCACCUUGGCCAUAGAGAUAGAGUCAUGGACACAGUUCGUGACACAUCUACGGAUGCUGUGGGAUGCCGUGGAUGCGUAACUCAGCGACGAUGGUGUCUUGGUCGUAUGACGACGAGGAAAGAUUAGAAAUUGCAUCGACACCAGGCACGACCAGGUAACUCGCGACUUAGUCAUCCAU